AUGGAGAACCGGCCUGGGUCUUUCCAGUACGUCCCUGUGCAACUGCAAGGGGGGGCACCCUGGGGCUUCACCCUUAAGGGGGGUCUGGAACACUGCGAGCCGCUCACAGUGUCUAAGAUUGAAGAUGGAGGCAAGGCAGCCUUGUCCCAGAAGAUGAGGACUGGUGAUGAGCUGGUGAAUAUCAAUGGCACUCCACUAUAUGGCUCCCGCCAAGAGGCCCUCAUUCUCAUCAAAGGCUCCUUCCGGAUCCUCAAGCUGAUUGUCAGGAGGAGAAACGCCCCUGUCAAUAGGCCGCACUCAUGGCAUGUGGCCAAGCUGCUGGAGGGAUGCCCUGAAGCAGCCACCACCAUGCAUUUCCCUUCUGAAGCCUUCAGCUUGUCCUGGCAUUCUGGCUGCAACACAAGUGACGUGUGUGUGCAGUGGUGUCCACUCUCCCGGUACUGCAGCACUGAGAAAAGCAGCUCAAUUGGCAGCAUGGAGAGCCUGGAGCAACCAGGCCAAGCCUCAUAUGAGGGCCACCUUUUGCCCAGUGACCAGAACAUGUAUCCUAACCAGCGUGACUCAGCCUACAGUUCCUUUUCGGCCAGCUCCAAUGCCUCUGACUGUGCUCUUUCCCUCAGGCCAGAGGAGCCAGCCUCUGCAGACUGCAUCAUGCAAGGCCCAGGGCCAACUAAGGCCCUCAAUGGCCAGUCCAGUGUAUCUGACACCACAGGAGGUAGCCGGCGCACCAGUGGGGGCCAUCUGACUCCCAGCUCACAGAUGUCAUCCCGCCCACAAGAGGGAUACUACUCAGGGCCUGCCAAGGUGGUCAGGGGCCCACCACAACCUCCUGUGAGGCGGGACAGCCUUCAGGCCUCCAGAGCCCAGCUCCUCAAUGGAGAACAGAGCAGGGCCUCUGAGCCUGUGGACCCCUUGCAACAGGAGAAACCGAAUUUAGAGACAGUGGCACUCCCAAGGAACCCUAACAGGUUAUGUUGCCUCAGUGGACAAGACCAAGUGACAAGUGAGGGCCAUCAGAACUGUAAGCUCAGCCAGACUCCUGAAUCCAGCCAGCAGGGCUCUGAGCAUGCACUGAUGCAGGCCUCAACCAAAGUUGUUGGAUCCCCCAAAGCCUGUGACAAAGCUUCCAGCAUAGAAUCCAGCCCACUCAAUGAUGCGUCAACAGAACUAGCUAAAGUUGCUUCUUUUGGCAGUCCUCCACAACUCAUAGGACCCACAGGGCAUCGCCAUAGUGCACCUGAACAGCUGCUGGCAUCUCACCUGCAACAUGUACACCUUGAUGCCAGGGGCAGCAAGGGGAUAGAGCUCCCAGCUGGGCAGGAUGGGUACCAGUGGACUCUGUCCCCUUUGCACAGCAGCCACAAAGGGAAGAAAAGUCCAUGUCUCCCUACAGGAGGAACCCAGGACCAACCAAGCAGAGAAAGACAGACCAGACCAGUGGAUGAUAGGCCUUUGGGCUCAGGACACCGGAGCCAAAGUAGUUCCCCACAUGGAGAGGUUGAUGGACACCCUCCAGAAAGAGUUUUACUGUACCCAAAAAGAGCAGGCAGAGUAGGCAGUGAAUUGGCCAGCCAGCAGGCCUCUGUCUCAGGCUCCCUUAUUCAACAAGCCAGGGACUGUCCUUCAACCACUAAAGUAACUGGCGGCAUAGAGGCACCUGAAGAAGGGGACAAUGAGCCCAAGGAGUGUAACCAGCUGCGUGGCAGGCGGAAUGGAGGUACUCGUGGCCGCUCAAUCCAAAACCGGCGGAAGAGUGAGCGUUUUGCUACCAAUCUGCGUAAUGAAAUUCAGAGGAGGAAGGCCCAGCUCCAGAAAAGCAAGAGUACCUUGUCACAAGUGUGUGACACUAAAGGGCCAGUGGAAGAGACUCAGGCACCCCCAGAAAAUCCUCCACUCCCUGCCUCUAACUCAUCUCUAUUAUCCUCAUAUAAAAAACCACCUAGCCCCAGAGACAAACUCUUUAACAAAAGCAUGAUACUCAGGGCUAGGUCUUCAGAGUGUCUCAGCCAAACCCCCAAGAGCCAUAACUCCAGGACAGGCUUGGAGGGACAAAUAAGUCCUGGUCAGAGUCCUGGCCCAUCCUCUUUGGACCUGAACACCUGGUGGAAAGCAUCUGACCCACCCUCCUCAGACCCUGAGAAAUCAAAGGCUCACCAUGGAGUUCGUGGAGGUCAUUGGAGAUGGUAUCCAGAGCAUAAUCCACAGCCGCAUGUGGCAGUAACCAUGGAAGGUCCUUCUAACCCAAGUGACAACAAAGAAUUGAAAGCUUCUACUGCCCAAGCUGGGGAGGAAGCCAUCCUCCUGCCCUUUGCAGACAGAAGAAAGUUCUUUGAAGAGAGUAGCAAAUCUCUAUCUACAUCUCAUUUGCCAGGUUUAGCCACUCAUAGUAACAAGACUUUUACCCAGAGACCAAAACCUAUGGAGCAAAACUUCCAGCCAAUGAGCUCCAGCCAUAGGGAAUUGAGGCGCCAUCCCAUGGACCAAUCAUAUCAUUCCACAGAACAACCCUAUCAUGCCAAAGACCAACGCUACCAUUCCAUGUCACCCCUUCAGUCAGAAACUCCCACUUACUCAGAAUGUUUUGCAAGCAAAGGUCUAGAAAAUUCCAUGUGUUGUAAGCCACUGCACUGUGGUGAUUUUGAUUACCACAGGACCUGCUCUUACUCCUGCAGUGUUCAGGGAGCUGUAGUCCAUGACCCUUGCAUUUAUUGUUCUGGGGAAAUAUGCCCUGCCUUGCUAAAAAGAAACAUGAUGCCAAACUGCUACAACUGCCGGUGCCACCACCACCAGUGCAUCCGGUGUUCAACUUGCUAUCAUAAUCCUCAGCACAGUGCCCUCGAAGACAGCAGCUUGGCACCUGGCAAAACUUGGAAACCCAGGAAGCCAACAGUGCAGGAAUUUCCUGGGGACAAAUGGAAACCAAUAACAGGAAACAGGAAGACCAGUCAGUCAGGGAGGGAAAUGGCUCAUUCCAAGGCUAGUUUUCCAUGGGCAACCCCCUUCCAUCCUUGCUUUGAGAACCCAGCACUGGACUUGUCAAACUACCGAGCAAUUUCUUCUCUUGACCUCCUUGGAGACUUUAAACAUGCCUUGAAGAAAGCAGAGGAAACUUCAGUUUAUGAAGAGGAGAGCUCCCUUGCCUCCAUGCCCCGCCCACUGCGCAGCCGUGCCUUCUCAGAGAGUCACAUCAGCUUGGAGCCCCAAAGCACCCGGGCCUGGGGGCAACAUAGGAGGGAGCUCUUUACCAAAGGUGAUGAGACCCAGCAGGAUCCUCUGGGAGCCAGAAAGAAGGCCUUUCCUCCUCCUCGCCCUCCUCCUCCCAACUGGGAGAAGUAUAGGCUUUUCCGUGCAGCCCAGCAGCAGAAGCAACAGCAACAGCAGCAACAGCAGCAGCAGCAGCAGCAGCAACAAGAGGAAGAACAGGAAGAGGAAGAGGAGGAGGAGGAGGAAGAGGAAGAAGGAGAGGAGGAAGAAGAGGAGCUGCCACCCCAGUAUUUCAGUUCAGAAACCACUGGUUCCUGUGCCCUCAGUUCUGAGGAGGUCCUGGAGCAGGCGCAACCCCUGAGCCUUGACCACCUGGAGGCCUCAAGGCAGGGUUCACAAAGCCUCCCAGCAGAGCAAGAGUCCUUUGCUGUUCAUUCAAGUGAUUUCCUGCCUCCAAUAAGGGGCCACUUGGGAUCUCAACCUGAGCAGGCUCAACCCCCUUGCUAUUAUGGCAUUGGUGGGCUUUGGAGGACAUCAGAGCAGGAGGCCACUGAUUCUCCCAAACAAGAAUUUCAGCACUUGUCACCUCCUCCAGGGGCCCCAGGAAUCCCUACCUCUUACUCAGCUUAUUACAAUAUUUCUGUGGCCAAAGCAGAGCUGCUGAACAAACUGAAAGACCAACCUGAGAUUGCAGAGAUUGGCCUGGAAGAGGAGGAAGUUGACCACGAACUGGCUCAAAAAAAGAUACAGCUUAUUGAAAGCAUUGGCAGAAAACUUUCUGUCUUGCGAGAAGCCCAGCAAGGACUGCUGGAGGACAUCAAUGCCAAUUCUGCCCUUGGGGAGGAGGUGGAGGCCAACUUAAAAGCUGUCUGCAAAUCCAAUGAGUUUGAAAAAUACCGCUUGUUUAUUGGGGACCUGGACAAAGUGGUCAACCUGUUGCUGUCACUCUCUGGACGACUGGCCCGGGUGGAGAAUGCUCUCAACAGCAUCGAUUCAGAAGCCAACCAGGAAAAGGUGGUGCUGAUAGAGAAGAAGCAGCAGCUGAUGGGGCAGUUGGCAGAUGCCAAGGAGCUGAAGGAGCAUGUGGACCGCCGGGAGAAGUUGGUAUUUGGCAUGGUCUCCCGUUACCUGCCUCAGGACCAGCUCCAAGAUUACCAGCACUUUGUCAAGAUGAAAUCUGCUCUCAUCAUUGAACAGCGAGAACUGGAGGAGAAGAUCAAGCUUGGGGAAGAGCAGCUCAAAUGUCUCAGGGAGAGUCUACUCCUAGGGCCCAGCAAUUUCUAA